AUUUGGAAAGUCCUGAAGGAUUAACUCUUGAUCAUCUUGGACGCACCAUAUUUUGGACAGAUUCUCAGCUGGAUAGGAUAGAAGUUGCAAAACUAGAUGGCAGCCAGCGCCGAGUGCUGUUUGACACUGGCCUUGUGAACCCCAGAGCUAUUAUAGCAGAUCCUAUGAGAGGAAAUCUUUACUGGACGGACUGGAACAGAGAGGCUCCUAAAAUUGAAGCUUCACACAUGGAUGGCACCAACAGAAGGAUUCUUGUUAAAGAUGAUUUGGGGCUACCCAAUGGACUGACAUUUGACUCUUACUCUUCAUUGUUAUGCUGGGCAGAUGCAGGCACCAAAAGAGUCGAGUGUAUGAAUCCCAAUCAGCUUGGUCGCCGAAAAGUCCUUGAAGGAAUCCAGUAUCCUUUCAGCAUUACAAGCUAUGGGAAGAAUUUAUUUUACACAGACUGGAGAAGAGAUGCUGUGGUAGCAGUAGAUCGCACAAUCUCAAAAGAGAAUGAUGAGUUCCAGCCCCAAAAGCGCAGUCGUCUUUAUGGGAUAACUACAGCCUUUGCUCAGUGUCCACAAGGACAUAACUAUUGCUCAGUGAAUAAUGGCGGCUGCACUCAUCUAUGCUUGGCUACCCCAGGGGGUCGUUCUUGCCGGUGCCCAGACAACACUAUUGGUGUGGAUUGUAUAGAAAGAAAUUGAGAGCUACAGCCUGGAAUUUUUCCGACCACCUUUGGCAAUGUACUGUAAAUAAAUAGUUAAGUGGCCAGUCCCAUGAAAGGAAAGAUUCUAAAAUAAGAACUCUGUGCUGCCUGGGGUUAACCAGCCACAAAGCACCCAAGUUAGAACAACAGUGGCUACAUAAAGGAAUGCUGGCACAUCUGUGCAGCUCAGUCCUUAUAUACCUCCCCCCCUUUUAAAACAUGAGUCUGGUGACCAGCUGUAGCUGUGCUUAUUAGACAGCCAUCUCUAAUCAAAUUGUGGUACAAACUAUAGUCGGGGUAGUGAAAAGCGUGAGAACCCAAGCUCUUCAAGGCACCCACAAUCACUGUAUGGGUAAGAGUAUUUUAACAGUUCUCUUUCAAAAUAAUUUUCCUGUAGCCUGCUAUCGGUGCAGCUGGCUAGUAAACAUCUAAACUAGGCUUGCCAAGUCCCCCCGGGGGGCAGGGAAACCCCCGCCCCAGAGGCCCGUUCCUUGCCGCCGGCAGAUUGGGACCCAGGGGAAACCCC